AUGAAACUUUUCGCCAUUUUCGCCGCUGCCGCCACUGCUCAGUCUCUCGGCAACGAGACUCGUAUGUACGGAGCUGAUGGUGCUGCUGCUGGAAGUGCUUCUGCAGGAUGCCAGGGCCCAGUCUGCGUUGCUGCUGUUGAGGCUAUCGAAGCUGCCACUGCUCAGUUGCACGCCGAUCAAGAUGCUACCAGAGCUGCUCACGAAGCUGAACGACAGGACAAACAACUUGAGCAACAACAGAUCCAGGCUGAUUUCGACGCUGCCAUGGCACAAUGGCAAAAUGAGACUGCUGAAAUGAACGAGAGACAUCAGCUUGAUUGGCAAGCGUUCGGUGAUGAAUGGGCUGCCAUUAACGCCGAGUGGGCUAACGUCGACUGGUCUUACUAA